CAGCUGUAAUCACAGAUGGCGAUCCUGCCACAUGUGUUUCACUUCUAUCAAAUGUUUACAGACUUUGGUUUAGAAAAAAGAUUACGCUAAAUGUGGACCUAUCCACGUUGAGGAGUAUCUUCCAAGUAGAAAUAUUCCAAGGCUGUUUCGUAAGGGGAUGGUUUCCCCUCACUCGUCGGAAAAAAAAUGACAUCUAACGGAAAUCAUCCGCAUGGCUGAGAAUAUGUUACACAGAAACAUACUGGAUAGUUGCUAUCUGUGUGUAAUCAUGCUGAUCAUCAAUUUAUGUAGCUCUGUGAGGCCAUGUCGAGCACUCUAGAAGAUUAUAUCGGAGAUUUAUCCCACUAUAUAUAUAUAUAUAUAUAUAUAUAUAUAUAUAUAUAUAUAUAGGGAAAGUCAUUAAAAAUCUUCUUCUGAAGAAUCACUGGACUAGAAAAGUUUACAUUUACAUGCGAGCUUCCUGACAUAGUGCAGAUUCAAGUUUGUCAAAAUCAUGGCCCCUGAAGGGAGGUUUGAACCACAUUGGGGACAAAGAUUUACAUGCGAAUAUAUAUGGAAAAUCUUUCGAUAUGGGCCAAAGUGAUUCAGAGGAAGUUUCCAUCAACUGGUCGGUGUACAUCUCAACUACGAAAAGGAGAGAGAAUUCCACCCAGUGUAGAAGAACGAUCUCAUCACCGGAACUCCAGCGCUUCACUUGUGCGGAUCAUGGCCGCUUUGUUAUACUUAGUCUAGGUUAUGAAUACAAAGAUUCUUCUGUUUGUGAAGUCAAUGUAACAGGGUGUGCAGAGGGAAAAUUUGGUGAAGACUGCAACAAACAAUGCCCAGAAAAUUGCGUAGGGAAAAUAUGCAACAUAUUGGAUGGAAAAUGUACGAGGUGUUCCGAUGGUUGGAAGGGAGACAAUUGUAACCAAAGAAAACAGAAGAUACAAGAAACAGGCAAGUGUGCGAAAGGGUAUUGUGGCGACAAGAGUAUCGAGCUUUGUAAAGGCAGGUGCUUGAAAGGUACCGCUUGUAAUGCCGUGACAGGGUACUGUGGCGAGGGUUGUGCUCCAGGAUGGAGGAACAAAGACUGUUCCGAGGAGUGUACGGAAGGGUAUUUUGGUGACAAUUGUACCAAGCUUUGUAAGGGCAGGUGCAUGAAUGGUGCUGCUUGUAAUGCUGUGACAGGGUACUGUGACGAGGGUUGUGCUCCUGGAUGGAGGAACAAAGACUGUUCCGAGGUGUGUCCGAAUGGAUUCUUUGGAACACAGUGUGCGCAACGGUGUAACUUGUCCUGUGAUCCCACUACUGGAUUUUACAGUGGGACUGUUACUGAGAUAUUAGGGAAAAGUGAACAAUACUCGGAGGGAAGCAACGCAAUAGUAAGCGGUUUGGUGGUGGCGCUGGUGGUGUCAGUGUUGAUGAAUGUUGGUCUUCUGAUGAUAUAUUGGAAAAGAGGUAUACUGAAUGGAAAACAGACAAGCUUAAAAGAAGCGCCAUUAUACGCAAAUGCGGAAUUUGAGGGCCCAGUAAACGAACAACCAGGAAGGGGAGAUAACUCAACUCGGACGAAUGUGUACUACGAGACAUUAAAUGAUAGAACACGUGAUCAGGACACGCAAAACUACAGUACAUUAGAGAACUAGAGAGAGAGAGAGAGAGAGUUUAUCAUUUUCAUUUAAUUCUAUGACAUUCUUGAGUUUAUUUCUAGGAGUAUUUUUGGGAGUCAAUACCGUUUAAUGUACCACGUCUUGUGUAUAACUAUUCAUGUUACAUGGUCGUAUAUUGGAUAAACUGUAUUUUGUAUGUAGAAAAGGUGCGCAUGUCAUGUUGAGGAUUUGUCAUUUAUAUGUUAUAUGGUCUUAUAUUGGAUAAACUGUAUUUUAUUA